UGUAUUGACUGGUAUGUGGUCGCUUUGGUAAAUACCCCCGGACCAGGAAGUUUAUUUCCUUGGAUUGAGGGAAUAAUGUCUUAUCACAAUAUACUCGCCUUCACAGUCUUAUCCACACUUAUCUCGGAGGUGUUUUCCGGGGACUACUGUACGAUCUGUAGUAACCAAUCGGUAUACUGUGAUUCAGGAUGUUGCAGUACUUACGGCAGCACCCAUUGUUGUCCGAACACGACGGCCAUCGUGGUUGGAUCAGUUUUUGGGACGUUUGUUGUUAUGGUGAUAUUGGCAGCGGUAUUUAUCUGCUACCUACAAAAUAGACGGAAUCGUUUGGAUGCAAUCAAUCAGUACAUAGUGGCUCAGACACAAUAUUAUAUAGAGGACUUCACAGAGGACAACGACGAUAGACGCCCAAUAGUUGGAGGCGCCAAACCACCCAAACCUCUGAACAAACCAACACUACCAGACCAAUCUUUGUUUCAAGCCAUUGAUGGGAUAUGAUAAAUGAUGAGUUUUCCCGAGGAAUGGUGGUACUACCUGGACUUUCUCGUGAGACUAUACAACUGUGGAGCAGGAUUCUGGAAUCUGAUGUUGCUACUGUUAUAGUACAUUAACUAAUCCGAACACUUGCAAGACGUUACUUAUUAAGUCUAAAUUCAGUGUUAAACUGGUCCAGAAACUCUAAAACACCUUUUGUUGGAAUUGUAAUUGUGAAUGUUGAUGCAGUUUUUAACAACUAUCCAUACAUUGAAGUGUAUUGCAAGCAUGCACAAAGAUUUUCAUAAUCUUCUUUUUUAUCUAACGGAAUAUAUUUUUGAACGUAUUUUGAUCGCAUGUUAAACUGGUAUUCUUUGUAUUGUAUCCUGUAGGUACGAAGGAAGUGUCAAGCAUGUACAUUUUGUAGCUCAAACAUAUUUAGGUUUACUCAUAGGUAUUCAUAAUGCUUAUGGAAUACAUCUUCAUUAAGUGUUAAACGUUAGAGAGUUCUUAUUAUGGAUAUUGGUAGAUAAUCAAAUUACUUAUAUGUUUUAAUGUUAUUAUUGAUUCUAUUAUUCCAUUUGUAAUGUAACCUAAUGAUUAAUUGUAAAUAACUUCUUUACAAGUUUUAUGUUUUCUAGUAGCCAUUAUGUCAAAAUGUGGUGUUUAUUGAAGAAAGUCUUAGCCAGAGAGAAUUCUAGGGUUUGUAAUGUUCAUAUUACACAGAAAACAAUGAUAUACAGUUUCAAAUAUAAGUACUGAAAUGGUUCUAUUUAGAGAACAAAAUAAGCGUAAAAGAUAUGCAUUGAAGUCUUUCCGUGCUGGGUCUAUUUUUGCAUGUAAUAUAUAGCAGUUCGAUAUGACAUGAUAGUUUCAGUUAACAAUUUGAUCGACAUAUUGAUAGUAUAUCCAUAUUUAUCAACAUUAUGAUUGUGUAAAAUGUUUUUGUGUAAUAGUAAUUUAUAUCAGUAUCUAGUGAAUGUUUUUGUGUUAUAAUGGUUCCUGUCACUAUCUAAUGAAUGUUUUUUGUGUUAUAAUGGUUACUAUCACUAUCUAGUAAAUGUUUUUGUGUUAUAAGGGUUACUAUCACUAUCUAGUAAUGUUUUUGUGUUAUAAUGGUUACUAUCACUAUCUAGUAAAUGUUUUUGUAUCAUAAUGGUUACUAUCACUAUCUAGUAAUGUUUUUGUGUUAUAAUGGUUACUAUCACUAUCUAGUAAAUGUUUUUGUGUUAUAAUGGUUACUAUCACUAUCUAGUAAAUGUUUUUUUUGUGUUAUAAGGGUUACUAUCACUAUCUAGUAAAUGUUUUUGUGAUAUAAGGGUUACUAUCACUAUCUAGUGAAUGUUUCGUGUUAUAAUGGUUUCUAUCAGUAUCUAGUGAAUGUUUCGUGUUAUAAGGGUUUCUUUCACUAUCUAGUGAAUGGUUUGUGUUAUAAAGGUUUCUAUCACUAUCUAGGGAAUUUUUUGUGUUAUAAUGGUUUCUAUCACUAUCUAGUAAUGUUUUUGUGUUAUAAGGGUUACUAUCACUAUCUAGUAAAUGUUUUUGUGUUAUAAUGGUUACUAUCACUAUCUAGUAAUGUUUUUGUGUUAUAAUGGUUACUAUCACUAUCUAGUAAAUGUUUUUGUAUCAUAAUGGUUACUUUCACUAUCUAGUAAUGUUUUUGUGUUAUAAGGGUUACUAUCACUAUCUAGUAAAUGUUUUUGUGUUAUAAUGGUUACUAUCACUAUCUAGUAAAUGUUUUUUGUGUUAUAAGGGUUACUAUCACUAUCUAGUAAAUGUUUUUGUGAUAUAAGGGUUACUAUCACUAUCUAGUGAAUGUUUCGUGUUAUAAUGGUUUCUAUCACUAUCUAGUGAAUGGUUUGUGUUAUAAGGGUUUCUAUCACUAUCUAGUGAAUGGUUUGUGUUAUAAUGGUUUCUAUCAGUAUCUAGUGAAUGGUUUGUGUUAUAAGGGUUUCUAUCACUAUCUAGUGAAUGUUUUGUGUUAUAAGGGUUUCUAUCACUAUCUAGUGAAUGUUUUGUGUUAUAAGGGUUUCUAUCACUAUCUAGUGAAUGUUUUGUGUUAUAAGGGUUUCUAUCACUAUCUAGUGAAUGUUUUGUGUUAUAAGGGUUUCUAUCACUAUCUAGUGAAUGGGUUUUUUUUUUUGCUGUAAUGGUUCCUAUCAGUACCUAGUGCGUGUUUUUGUGUAAUGAUAUUUACUAUCAAUAUAUAUAUUAUUUUUUUUUUUUUUGGUAUUUUGUAUAUUGUUCUGUCAAUAUCUGUAGUGAAGAGUUCUACCUCUUCCUGACAAUAUUUAAUGUUAUGGUGUACCAUUGUUUCGUGGUAUACUCUAUUGUGUGUAAUAUUGUUCCCUGACCAUUACUGGUGCGUAUUGUUGUUUUAUAUUGUUUCCUGACGAUAAUGAGUAGUAUAAUGUAACAUUAUGAUGGUGUAAAUAUGAUUUUGAUACUAACGAAUUCCGUCCAUAAUAUACUUGAAAGACUUGAACAUAGCAUAAUUAUAAGCCAUGCUUUCUAAAAAUGAAAUAAACAUUUUGAUACACGUAAAUAAGAAUAAGGUUGUUUUCGUAUUUCAUUGAACAAAAAGGGCACGCAAAAUGCACAUCAUAAUUUAAACAUUAUAUUGCAUUUCAUUAUUCAAAUCAGGGAAAAUGUGUGCCAGCUGCCAGCUUAAUUUAGAGAGAGAGAG